UCCCCUAGCUCAGAAGAGGCGGGGCCGGUUCUACCCACGUGUCCUGGACCGGUGGCGGGGUAACGUGCAGGGCGAGGGAGGGGAAAUAAGCCUUACGUCUGCCGUUGGAGAUAGUGUGUACUGUCAUUUCCGGGGAAGCUUGUAACGACCUCAAGCGACAGGAAUAUCCGGUUCAGGAUUGGGGAGGCUCAGUCGGUAUUGUGUAGUUUGUGGUGAGGAUGGCGUUGUGGUCUUCCUCCUUUCAGGAUCUUGGUUCGGUUGAGGAGGAUGAGGAACGGGAAUUGACUCCCACGUCUAUCCAGCGCCUGUCGGAAACGCAGGGUUUUCUGUAUCUGACAUCAAAACCACUGAAGAGGUGCAAAGAUACCUAUGGUCAAGGGAUUGAAUUAAUCUGUCAAAACCAAAAAGAGUUUGUGAAGAGCUCUGUAGAAUCCAAAUGGAAUCUAGCAGAAGCCCAGCAGAAACUUGGUAGUUUAGCACUGCAUAAUUCAGAAUCCAUGGAUCAGGAAUAUGCUAAAGCACAGACUGAAGCUUCAGAACUGAGACAUAGAGAGGAAGAGUGGAGAAGAAAAGAAGAAGUGCUAAUACAGAGGGAAAGACAGAAUCUAUGGAAUACAGAUUCUUUUAGUAAGGAGGUAUUUAAUAAGAGUUUUAUUAGUCAAUAUAAAAGAAAAGAAGUAGACGAUGAAGAUAUAUCCAAAUCAUUUAUACAGAAGCAUGAACAAAAGAUUAGAUACUUUGGUAUGCUGGGCAGAUGGGAUGACAGUCAAAGAUUUUUGUCUGACCACCCGUAUCUUGUAUGUGAAGAAACAGCUAAAUAUCUCAUCUUAUGGUGUUUUCAUCUAGAAGCUGAACAGAAAAGAGCUCUGAUGGAACAAAUAGCACACCAAGCAGUUGUGAUGCAGUUUAUUAUAGAAAUAGCCAGAGGUUGUAAUGUGGAUCCAAGAGGCUGUUUUCGUCUAUUUUUCCAAAAAGCCAAAGCAGGGGAAGAAGGCUAUUUGGAAGCUUUUAAAACUGAGCUUGAAGCAUUCAAAUCAAGAGUGAGAAUCUGUUCACAGUCUCAAGGGUUUCAAGCUAUGUCAGUACAGAAUCCUAGUGUCUAUACUGGUAUUGUAGAAGGACUGGAGUCUUUGUCACAGGAUGCAAAUGAUCUACAAGGUUGCAUAAACAGAAGUGUCUGCAACUUAAACUCAAUGCUACAAAAAGAUGAAGAACCCAAAAUGAUGGACACAGUAUAGCACUGUUAAGACUGAGGCAAAGUACUCUUUUUUUAUUACAAAGAAAAGAAUGUGGCUAUUUUCUUGACACAUUUUUAUGGGUAUUGCACUUUAUUUUUGGUGCUUUGAGUGAGGGGGGAUUUGGAGGGAGGGUAAUCUGGAAAUACUUGUAAUAAUGUUUGAAAACGUGCUGCUAGGUUUUUGGUUGUCUAUGAAGAAUGGGGUUCUCAUUGCCAAAUGUGAAACUGGAUGUGUUCUAUGCUACUAAAUUUGCCUUUCAUGAAUUUGGGAAUUAAAGUAUGAAAAAGAAAUUACAUAAAUACAAUGUUUACAAUAAGUGCUAGAUUUCUGGUGGAAUCUCUUAUGCUCUUAAAUCUGGUUUUAUCAUUAAUAGCAAUAAAUUGGUAUGACAUCA